AUGGUCCGAUUGUCGAUUAAACAAUGCGAAAUCAGUGAAUUGACUAUAAUCGUAUCUAUUGCAGUUUUAUUUGAUAUAUGUGCAAUAAUUGCUAUUAUACUCUUUUUCAACCAUGAUGUUUUAGCAUGGGUAGCUGCAGAUCUAGUGGAUAUUAUUAUUGCUGUUCAUUUUGCUUUGGUUGUUGCUGCUUAUUCUGCAGGAUCUAAAGAAAAUAAUGGUAUAGAUAAAGAACCAGCUUAA